AUGGACUGGCAGAGAGCAAGGCUGAAGAAGGUGAACCUGCCUUUCAAUUAUUUUCUCUUCUUGUUAUACUUCCAUCAGGCCCGGCUUAGGCAUGUGGUCAGUCUGCUGCAAGCCCGAGCAGAUGGGUCCAGGGGGAAGCUGAAAGCCUCUGCCGCAGCUACUGAAGACGAUCUCAAGAACUGGGUGCAGUCCAAAGAUAACCCUGAAAAGGAGGAACUUCACCUCUGGACCCAGGAACUUACAGACAUAUCUAUUUGUCCCAACUUUCAAGAGGGUCUGAAGGACAGAGUUAUCCUGUGCACAUUCAUGAAUGAGCUGCAACCGGACUCAGUUGCUAGGGUUCAAGUCUCACCAAUAAAGUUUUGCCAGAGAGACAACCUUUCCAAAUUCAUCAAGGCCAUGGAAAACUACGGGUGUGGAAAAGGAGGACCUCUUCGGGCGGUUCUGUGUGAGAAUGAGGACAUGCGUCAGGUGCAGCUGUCUCUUCUGGCUCUGAAAAGGAAGGCUGAGGCAAAGGGGCUGUGGUGUGGCGAGGACACCUGUGACAAGUGCUUGGAGAAGCAGGAGCAGAACUUUGAUGGCGCCACCACGAAAGCAGGCCAGCAUAUCAUCCAGCCUCAAAUGGGCACCAAUCAGUGGGCCAGCCAGUCAGGCAUGACCAGUCAGACGGCUCCCAGCACCGAGCAGCACAUCGAUGACACCACACUGGGGACUGACGAACGUGACAACUCUUCCAUUUCUGGGCAGAUGGGCUGCAUGCAGGGCGCCAACCAGAGUAGCCAGGACGUUGGCCUGAACCAGCAGAUAUAUGACCACAAGUACCGCCCACAGGGCCCAGGGGCUGAUGGGGCUCCAGGACUGGCAGAUGAAUGCUCAAGCCCAGAAAAGGCCCAAGAGUAA